CAUAAACAACGAGUACUCCAACCCGGAGACUGACCAGUCGGUGUUUGUCUCGGUGAGAUCACGGUCUGCGCUCGAUCAUAAUUUUCAAAAUUUUCGCACCCUUCGGUAUGAAAAUAGUGUUACGUUAAAUUUGAAACUCGGUGAAAAUCUCUCAAAGCGAUUAAUUCACGGGAUUGUCUAAAAGUUACGGAAAACAGUAAUCGAAAUGUGAUUCGUGCGAAGUCAACACUCACGCAAACGUAAAAUCACUACGAAUUCAUCGGGGGAAUUAUGUGCAUUUGCACGGGUUUUUUUAAACUUUUUUUUUUUUUUUUCAAUACUUAUAAUUAAAGUUAUUUAAAAAAACAUUAAACUUUUUAAACGCGAUGGGUAUAAGCGAAUGCUUGGAAUUCGUGGUAUCUCCGCAGUGGCAUAUCAAUAUGAAGAAAAAUAUUAUUUCGUUCACCGAAGUCUGUUGAUUAAUUGUUGAAUAAAUCAUCUCAAGCAUAACGAAUCUUUAAUUAAUACGAAACCGGAAAAAAUCGAACGAGGAAAAAUGGGGCUUGGGCAAAAGGAUCUUGACGAAUUACCGGAUAACUUUUUGAUAACACUCAUGAAAUUUAUGCAUCAACAGAACAACGAUACAGAGGAAGAUCUUUCGAUACCACGCAUUCGAUCAAGCGUCGAAAAAGUUUAUCCCCUUUUCAUAUUCAUGUAUGGACUACUCGUGCUUGUCGGAAUCGUGAUGAAUUGUGGGAUGAUGUAUCACAUAAUGAGUCACAAACUCCACAGAGAUCCGACCUACGCCUUUCUUAUUAAUAUUGCUAUCUCCGAUCUCAUAAAAUGCGUCUUCGUUCUUCCACUAACUCUGGCUGUGCUGCUCAUCGAUAACUGGAUUUUUGGCCAGUUCUUAUGUUACUUUUUGCCGAUACUCCAGGACAUUCCGAUUCAUGUUUCGAUGAUGACAUAUUUGCUCAUUGCGUGCGACAGAUACAGAUUUCUCAGUGAUUCAAGAAGGCCUCGAAUACCAGCAUUCGUGUGCGCCCUCGGUGCAUGGUUCUUCGCCGUGUGCAUCAUCCUACCUCAUCCAAUAUACACAACUUAUUAUGAUCUCGAGAUGUACGAAAAGAAAUAUUUUCGUGGCCUCGGUUUGUGCUUGACCAAUCUCACGGAUAAUAUAGAGCAGUACAUAAGAGGACUUUUCUUGUUAACGUAUGUUGCCCCACUGGUAAUAAGCGUUUAUAUAUACGUGAAAUCUGGCCGAGAGCUAAGAACGCUGGAAGGAUCGUUGGCUAUUGCAUUAUAUCGGACACGUGCAGCGGAUCGUCACCCAAGAGUCGAACGUAACACGUUGAAUGGACGAUGCUCGAUUCGUAGGGAGGAGCAGAAUAAUGAGAGUCCCAAACGAACUAACGCAGCCGUCGGCUUGUUCCAUGCUCCACGGAAUCGUGAUCUUUACGAAGUGGAAUUAGAUGCGUGCAGGGAGAAACGUACCCAGAGAUUUCUCGCUUGCAUGAUCGCUCUCUUUGCCAUACUUUUUUGCCCUCUAAUGGUGCUCAGACUCGCUAGACUCUCUACUGUCGAAACCUACGAGAACGUCGGAGUAUUUGAUGUAACGUUCACCCUGUUCAUUUGGAUCGCGUUCUUAUCGACCAUUACCACACCGAGUUUGUACGUAGCAUGGCAGAGGAACAGGGCUCAAUUGGCGUGCUGUGACCGUUGCUUGUCACUAACAUCAGAAAAUUCAACUGAGAUGACGGCCGGAUCGGUCUCCCGAAAUGCCAUGGGAGUCAUGAAUGUCGCUUACGGUACAAAUUCACGGAACGGAAAAUUGGCUAACGAGAACUCCGAAGGUUCAAGAGGAAUGGUUUGCGUCUGAGCAACGGUUCCGUUUUAUUUUAUUAUAAACACUUUCGUACACCAUUUUUUUUCCACACGGAUUGUGACACGAAUGUAAUACUUUUUCAACCCCCCCAAUAGCCUGUUUUUUAUACGUUGAAGCAUCAUUUUGAAAUUUUAUGGAUUUUUGAGUGAAAAAACACUCGCUCAGUUUCAAUUACAUUACUGUGUUCGAAGCCACUGACAAAAUAGAUCGAGCUAAAUAUUUCCAGCAUGAAAAUAUUGGAAUUUUAACAGUUCACGAAAAAAAGGCAGCAGUGGAAUUAUCUCUUCCUUGACUCGUUAUUUCGAUAUUGAAAUUCGCUCAAGUCAUUAGUGAUCAAGGACCAUAAUAAGGUAACAUUUCGAUUUUUAUUUACUAACAAAACUCAAUAUUUAGUUUCUACAACUCAAAUAAUCAGUUUAUACUGAGAACGAGUGAGUGCAUGAAUAAUUCAAGUACAGAAAUGAGGGGUCGCGAAGCUUGUGUGUCUAUGAAUGAAAUGGUCGUGAGGAAAGACGACACGAGGAAGAGUCAAUUAUGCGAUAUGUUCUCUUAUUUCGACGAAAACUCGACUAUGCGAAGGUAGAAUUCUACUGAGAUAAUAAAGAAAACGAAGAGACGAUAAAUUCUUCUGUGUUGAAGACCAUCAAGUUUUGAAUAAACAAUUAUACUUAAUAUUUUAGAAAUCGAUUAACAGACCAGUCACGACGUAGAAAAUUGAACGUUUUAUGGGUCAUUGAACGUUAUAUGAAUAGUCAUGUUGCAAACUGUAUACUAUUUUUAAAAAUAUAUUUCAUGUCGUUAGUCGUUAGGUCAUGUAAUCGUCAUCUACGUUGGGCAGCUUGGAACCAGGAUAGUUUGGCGGGUUAAUUUGGAUCCGAUUUGAAAUUUCAUGGGUCCGGUAUGACGCUAAAAAGUGAUAUGGGAAAUGGUAUUGGUGUGAGUGCUCUAAAGGUACGUGGUAAGAAUGAUAAAUAAGUGAACAAAAACAAAAGUAUGUUUCAAGUAGGCCCAUGAAAAAAUUCAGAUAUACCCUGGUUACGAUUGUUAAUUCAAGUCGAUACAUUAAGUGUAUAUCAUAGAACAAGUCUAUAAUGUGUAAAUGUCAGCUACGUAAACUGUAAUAUCGAGUGCAUUAAGCCCAAAA